GUGAGUUGAACUUAUCUUCAAUCAUACUCAGAUCAAUAUAUAUUCAACUACUUUCUUUGAAAUACUUAGUUAAAUCACUUUGUUGUCGGAGGGGUGCGACUCACUUAGACGAGAUGAGUUGAAAUAUGAAGGAACCUGAGAUGAAGCCUAAGCAUUCAUGGAGAAAAAAAAGGAUAAUAUAGACGUGGUGAAAGCCCGGAAGAGUCUAGGAAGUGAAAAAUAAAAAGUUAGAAGCUCGGAUGUUGAGAGCAGAAGUGCAUGUGGUCACGAAAAGGGAGUUCCAAGGCAGAGGGGACAAGUGGUAUCGGUAAGAACCGGAAGUGGAGAAGGAACCGUGUGUGGAAGGAUACGCGGUCCAUCCUUGGUCCGCCAUCCUGACGGCAUGGUCCUUUGGGCCACUAUACUAUUCCUUCAAGGAGCUGGUCUCGUAGGUUCGAUGACAGGUAUCAAGGGCGUCCCUGAGAAUAUCACAGUGAUGUUCCUGAAUCCGACGUCUGUCCGCGUAUCGUGGAGCACAAGCCAAGUUGAAAAAGUGGAAAAGUAUGAUGUCACGUACAAACCUACUGAUGCCAGGUUCUUGCACUUAUCGUUAAACAGCACCGCAAAAGAAGUAACUCAAGAUUACAGGGUGGUGGCGGUGGUCGCAGGUAACAGCGAAGCGGUGACCUUGAGUGGCCUUCGGGCUGACACGCAAUACCAGCUGGUCGUCACUGCCGUCAGAGGUGGUAAGAGGUACAAGAGCCGGCCAAUUGUCUUCCGCACACUAGAACCACCAAAAACGUCUCCCCAACAGGACGCGGCGUCUACGGGGUCUUCUCCCCCACCUACAGCUCAACAUCCACAAACGUAUCUACAAAUUCGAGGUGUCGAGGUGGGUAUAGUGGUGUUAGUGCUGAUCGUGUGGGCCGGGGCGAUAGCUUUGUUCUUUAACCGCUGGGGCAAAAUACGCAUGCUGCUGCCCUAUCAGCCCGACUACAAGCAAGAACAACUCAAGGUUCCAGGCACGGGAGUCUGCUCUUCAACGACUGCAGCCUACACUCAUCACUCGUCCCAGCACAACUGUUCUCAGGGAAUGACUACAUUGUGGGAUAUGGUGCAGCAGUGCGGGGGAGGGGGUUGCUGCGUGUUCGAACGAUGCUUUCAAUAUCCUAGAAGAGCCCGGGAGCCCCGAGAGUGCGGCUGCCAAUUUGCUCUUCUUCACAGGGCUGACAUCGCGUGA